AUGGCUGUUGGCGAGUUUUCUCAUCGAAUGGAAGAUUCUGGAAGAACAAUCAGAGUUUCGGUUAUGUGGAAGGGAAACAAUUACACGGUGGAGAUCGAUUCCGAGUCUUGUCUGAAGGAUUUAGGUUCUGAAUUGAGAAAGUUGACAGGAGUUAUGUCUGAGACACUUCGUUUGAUCGUUCCUCGUUUGAAUGAAAAAGGUUCAAGAUUGUUAUUUCCUUUCUCUGAUGAGCACUCGGGUUUAAGCUUGCACGAAGCUUCCAUAAUUGAGGAUAAAACUAUUAGAAUGAUGGGAGUGUCUGAAGAAGAGGUGGGUGGAGUUUUAACAGAUGCAAUGCUUGACAUGAGGAUACUUGGCUUCGAGGAAGAGGAGACAAGGCUUAGACAAAAGAAGUUGUAUCAUUCGAGCAAUUCAAUCAAGCUUCCACAGGGACCUUACGUCUUCUGUAAUUUCCGCACUCUUCAAAUCCCGGGAAUAGAGUUAAACCCUCCCCCUUCUGCUGCUUUAAAGAGAAUGCACAUGCUUGCAGCAGACCCUGGAAUUAUCGCUAUUAUGAACAAGCAUCGUUGGAGAGUAAGAAUCAUGACAGAACUCGCCCCAGUUGGUUAUGUUGGUGUUAGCCCGCAGUGCCUUCUAGGCUUUAACAAGAAUCAAGGAGAAGAGAUAUCUCUACGUCUUCGGACUGAUGAUCUCAAGGGAUUCAGAAAGUAUGCGAGCAUCAAAAAGACUCUAUUGCAUGAGCUUGCUCACAUGGUAUACUCGGAGCAUGAUGAAAACUUUUAUGCUCUUGACAGACAGUUGAACAAAGAAGCUGAAAGCUUAGAUUGGACUAAAUCAAGCGGUCACACAUUGAAUGGAUCGAAAAUUAUGAAUGACUAUGAGGAAGACUACUUCUUUGAUGAAAAUGAAAAUGAAAUAAUUUCUCAGAGGCUUGGUGGAAAUCAAUUUGAUAACCUGGGAAAUGCUCGUGAAUCGUCUGUUGCUGCUGCUUAUCGCCGUCUCUCCCACACAAGUGGAACCAAUGACGUUGGUGUUUCAAAACUCGGCGAAGAACCUGACCCUGAUGACAUGGUUGAUGUUUGUCAUGAGACUAAGCAACCAACUUUUCCCAAAUCUCAGUCUGAUUCUUCGAGUAAAUUUGAGCCUGACCCUGACGAUACCACUGAAGAUUGUGCACCAGAACAUCAUUCGGAAGCAAUGGAAAUCACUACUGAUCUCGCCCAUCCUGCUGAAGAUGAUGAUGAACCUGAUCCGGAUGACUUAGAAACACGCACAAGUAUUGGGGAAGUUGAAAAUACAAAAAUAUCAAAUGACACUGUAAUGUCGGAUGGGAAUCUGAAGAUACCUCGUGGAGAACCCAAUGCAGAUGAAACUAUGCAGGCUACACCUGAUCCUAAUAAUGCAGAGCCUUAUCCCAACAAUAACCUGGUGGUCACAGGGAGGGAAACAGUCAUUGAGGUUUAUGAGCCCGAUCCAGAUGAUCAUGAGAUUCAGAGAAUCCAAGACUCUGUUACAAUCAUCUCUAACCGUCUCAAGAAAGCCAUAAAUGCGUUGCAAACUGAAGCAAGCAAUGUGCUACAAAUGCUUCUCAAAAUAGUGAGGAACAUCAUUGCACAACCGAAUGAAAUGAAAUUCAAGAGGCUGCGUAAGGGAAAUCCUGCAAUUCAGCGCAACAUUCUCAGAUAUGCAGCUGCGGUUGAGAUCCUUUCAGUGAUUGGCUUUGUCGAAGAGAUGGUAUCGGAAGGCACAGGAGCACAAGAACCAUACUUGAUACUGAAACGUAAUGACCCAGGGCUCUUGUGGAUUGCCAAGUCCAUGAUUGAAUCACACACCGCAGGCUCCUAG